AAACGAAACACACAACUUGUGACGUUUUUCGGAUAAACAGUAGCCAAGUCAGCAAAGUCAGUCAGUGUUGCUGUUGUUUUUUUAAAACUCAGAAUGUUGGUGAAAGUUGACUCUGGGACGUUUUGGUAGCCUGUUUCCGUGGAUGUUUUCAUGGUUAGGACCAUGGAGCGCUCAGCCAGCAUUAAUGCUGACCAACCCCAGCAGCCUGGUACUAAUGGUUGUUGCGUUAAAUGGCGCAACUGGUGCGGCUUUUGGCUCCUUGGACUUUGCAACAACUUUGCUUAUGUGGUCAUGCUGAGUGCGGCUCAUGACAUCCUCGAAAAGCAGGAAUCAAAAAACUCAACAGUGACUGCCUCAGAUCAGCUGGCUGUGGGCCUCCGACCUGGAAACAGUAGGAACAGUAGUCGGUACGACUGCAGUCCUGUCAGCACCGGGGCUGUGCUUCUGGCUGACAUUCUUCCAACACUCUUUAUCAAGAUUUCAGCUCCCUUUGUGAUCCACAAAGUACCCUAUGGUUUUCGGGUGCUGUUUUGUGUCGCCAUGGCAGCAGCAAGUUUCCUGCUUGUUUCCUUUUCCUCCGCUGUGUGGCUAAGUAUUGUCGGAGUGAUCUUUGCCAGUAUAAGCUCUGGGUUGGGGGAACUAUCAUUCCUGUCACUCAGUGUCUUCUUCAACAGGAAUGUUCUGGAAGGCUGGGGUUCUGGGACUGGUGCUGCUGGUGUUGCUGGUUCCCUUCUCUAUGCAGGCCUCAUCCAGGCACAUCUCUCCCCCCGGACCACACUGCUCAUCAUGCUAAUUGUUCCGAUUGCAAUGCUAGCUAGCUAUUUCUGUCUGCUAGUUCAUGAACCUUCUCUACCUCAGUGGAGCAGGUCAGAGACAGAGUGUCCACCUGUGGACUCAGAGGAACGACAGCGACUGAUGGACGAAUUCGAAGAUGACCUGGAGACAUCAGCUCCAGAGAACAGGACCAUGGGACCGGUCACCCUGCAGGAGAAGUUAGCUGUCAUCAAGGGCUUGUUACCGUUUGUUAUUCCUCUGGGACUGGUCUACUUUGCUGAGUACUUCAUCAACCAAGGCUUGAUGGAGCUCCUGUUUUUUCACAACUCUUCCUUAUCGCAUGCGGAACAGUAUCGCUGGUACCAGACCUUAUACCAGGUUGGUGUGUUCGUGUCCCGAUCCUCUCUGCGUUUGAAAAAGUUCAGGAAAACUUGGAUUUUCUCGCUACUGCAGAUGGUGAAUGCAGUAUUCCUCAUCUUUGCUGUGUUCUUCCAGUUUCUGCCCAGCAUCUGGAUUGUCUUUGGUAUUAUUCUCUAUGAAGGUCUGCUAGGAGGAGUGGCCUAUGUAAACACCUUCCACUUCAUCAGCAAGGAGACUGAAAGCAGAUACAGAGAGUUUGCCAUGGCAACGUCCAGUGUGGGAGACAGUCUGGGAAUAGCUCUGGCUGGAGCUGCAGCUUUCCCCACACAUAGCUACUUCUGUUCCCUGUAACAAAGAAUAACCAACAUAGAGCAGGACUCUAUGUCAACAAUUUCUUUCAAGAUUGGGACUUAGAAUAAAACGCAUAACUCUUUCAUAAAAAUCCUCAUCUACACGUAAGGAAUUCCCCCUGAAUUCAGCAGCACCAAUUGCUGAAUUCUCUGCAGUUGAGAAUAAAACGCAUCAGCAGUGCUUCCCAGAACUGUUCAGCUUCCAACCCACAAAAUACCAGUGAAAGAGGCUGGUGGUGACAGCAGACAAUGUAUCCACUUGGAUCGGUUUUUAUUCACUCACAAGUACUGAUUUUAUCUCUUUUGAUAUUUAUAGCCUAAAAAUACUAUACCGUAUUCUUUUAUUUAGUUCUGUUUUUAAGGGGAUCUCAGGACAUUUGAGGAUUCACAAGUCCAGAUGGAAAUACUGACAAUAUUGAGAACCUCUGUCUUAUAUUGUGUCUGCUCCAUAAAACAAAUUUAAGAAACUCAUUAAGUAAUAUGUUGUUACCCAGAGCUAGUUCGUCUGAAUCUGCUUCAUGUCAUUCAGUGACAGUUCAACGUUGAUGUGAAGUCCGAUAUCCUUUAUACAGAGUAGUUGUUUGAAGUGUAUUCUAUAAUCGGUCAGUCAGUAACAUCUUCAGGAGGGAUUACACAGGCUCCUCUAAACUGGAACAUUUGCUUAAAAACAUUUUCUACUACAUUCUUUUGAAAUAGUGAUGUAAAAAAAAUAGCUCUUCAUGUUUGUGUUUUAAAUACCUUCACAUUUUCAUUAACUGAAAGCACUUGGACCUGAAACCACCGGCGUGAUAGUGUUUGAUUAAUAAAAGCUGUUACUUUCCUGAAAAAACAUCAAUAGAAAUGGAAAGUAUUAACCUUUGACUGGGACACAGACGGCAGAGAUGCAGCUAAGCACCUUGUUAAAUCUUGCAGUCAAGUUUGUUUGCACAGCACAUUUCAGCACCAAGGCAAUUCAAAGUGCUUAAUAUGAUAAGCGCUUUGUGGUACAUAGAAGCUGAAUGCUGCUUCUGCAUGUUUGGUUCUGGUUCUGGAUGCAGAACAAAACCAGAACCAAAAGACCUGAGAGGUUCGUUCUGGAAGGAUACAACAACAGCAGAUCUUUAUUGUGUUGUGCUAAGUUAUUCACUGAUUUAUAAACUAGCAACAGUAAUUCUUGACACUAUUUGUUAAAUAUAUACCAGAUAGUAUUGAAAUCUUAUUUUAAUGUUAGUUUUAAACAGGUUUAUUUGUACUAUUAGUUUUAAAGGUCAACUUCUUGCAGCCUAAUCAGGGACUGGGCCUGUGGACAGGACAUUGUUUACUUUUUAACAUUCCUCAUCAAAUAAACUUGAAAUAAAUCAGUUUCUCAUUAGAUAUUUAUAGAUAUCAGAAAAGCACUAAUAUGCCAAAAAAUACAACUUUGGAAAUGGAAAAACCUCUUAUUUUUCUCAGUAAAUUAUAUCCUAACCUUUAGACUAAACAAUCUGAAUAUCAAGCUGGAAGCUCUGUCAUUAGAUGAGUUUUACAGUGCCUCUGAAAAGGUUGAAUCUUGUGUUUUGCUUCAAAGAUGGGCCUUUACUACCAUCUUUAAUUUCUACUAGGGGUUAUAUAAUCUUUCUACUUUAGCACUCAUUGCUACAUCAACUGCGUUAAACUUUUGUAUUGAUUGUAAUGGUGUCAGUGGUCCAACUGGAUCAAUGAGCCCAAAGGUUGAACAAUGUUCAGAGCUUUAAUGAGUCAAAUUUAAUCCGCUUUCAACUUUUAGUUGUGAACAUACAAUUAGUUUAUUACUCACAAGAAAAUAGUUAUAUCAUGCACCAAUAAGCUUUUUGAAGAUGUGCCUUGUGUUUUCUGAAAUGUCUCCAAUAAUGAACCAGUGUGCUUAUUCCUACUGAUGUGAUCAUAAUGCCAUGGCUGACAUGCUUUAUUUUUAUCAUGAGUUUGUGUAUGAUUUUAUGCCCAUGUCUUUCUUCAUUUGUUGAAUAAAGAAUGAUGUUUUAAUUUUC